AUGGAGAUAUGUCUGCUACUGAUUCAAAUAACAAUUUCAGGUGUGUUUGCUGACAGCAUCAGACCAGAUAAGGAUACUGAUAUGAUCAGGAGAGAAGGAGAGUCUGUGACACUGAGCUGCACAUAUGAUACAAGCAGCAGUUCUGUUUAUCUUUACUGGUACAGACAGUAUCCCAACACAGAACCUCAGUAUUUACUGUGGAAAGGUGCUCGAUCAUACGGAGGAGAGCAUAAAACAGAUCAACGAUUUCGGCCAGCUACAUCCCAAACAUCUACUGAACUCACUAUUGACAGUGUAACUCUGUCAGAUUCAGCUCUCUAUUAUUGUGCUCUAAGAGAUGUCAAUCAGAUGACACAGUUGAUCAGCCACUUCAUGUUAGUGAACUUGAGGGAGAAUCAGAAUUCAUAUGGAGGAGGAAUUAAUGGAACAGAGUUCCAGGAGAGAUUUUACUCUGAGCUAGUGAAGUUUGUGGACGACACUACAGUCAUCGGCCUCAUCAAGGAUGGAGACAAGUCUGCUUACAGACAGGAGGUUAAAGAGCUGGCUGUCAGGUGCAGUCACAAUAACCUGGAGCUCAACACGUUCAAAACAAUGGAGAUGAUUGUGUGCUGUCUGAGCAUUGGACCAAGUGAAAAGGAUACGGAUAUGAUCAGGCAAGAAGGAGGAUAG